GUCAGCUUCCACCAAUCAAUUUGAAGACACCGCCCCUUUUCUAGGCAAGGGUCCAUGCCAGGGGCCUAAGACAGGAUUGGUCCGCGUUUCGGAAUGGCUGCCCUAGGAUAUGCCUGUUUGCUAAUGUCUCCGUACCCUCCCAAACUCGCAGCCGAAGCAGUCACAGUCUUUACUAUGUCUAUGUGAAGUCGAGGUGUUAAUGGCAGUAAACCAGCUUGUGCCAUUUGUGGAGAAGCAUCUGGUGCGGUCUCAGCAGCUCACAAGGCAUUUUCGGAGGCAGCCAAGCCCAACUUGCUAAGGCGUCCGGGUAGAGUGUGGCUAGGGAGGGACAAACUGCCCCUGAUGUGUUUGCAGUCUGGUUACCAGGUUAGCGUUUGGCCGCAACUGCGCCAUGUCCACCUUCGAGAAGCCUCAGAUCAUUGUCCACAUUCAAAAGGGUCUCAACUACACAGUGUUCGACUGCAAAUGGGUGCCCUGCAGUGCCAAAUUCGUGACGAUGGGCAACUUCGCCCGGGGCACCGGCGUUAUUCAGGUGUACGAGAUCCAGCGCGGGGACCUCAAGCUGCUGCGGGAGAUUGAAAAGGCUAAGCCCAUUAAAUGUGGAACAUUUGGUGCCGCAUCUUUACAGCAGAGAUUCUUAGCUACUGGAGAUUUUGAUGGCAAUCUUCAUAUAUGGAAUUUGGAAGCCCCAGAGAUGCCAGUGUAUUCUGUAAAGGGCCACAAAGAAAUCAUAAAUACCAUAGAUGGAAUAGGUGGACUUGGAAUUGGGGAAGGAGCCCCUGAAAUCGUGACGGGCAGCCGUGAUGGAACUGUAAAGGUGUGGGACCCAAGGCAAAAAGGGGAUCCUGUCGCUAACAUGGAACCUGCACAAGGAGAAAACAAGAGGGACUGUUGGACUGUGGCAUUUGGCAAUGCUUAUAAUCAAGAAGAACGUGUUGUCUGUGCUGGCUAUGACAAUGGGGACAUCAAGCUGUUUGAUCUGAGAAACAUGUCACUGCGGUGGGAGACAAACAUUAAAAAUGGGGUGUGCAGCCUGGAGUUUGACAGAAAGGACAUAAGUAUGAAUAAGUUAGUAGCUACAUCUCUGGAGGGCAAGUUCCAUGUCUUCGACGUGAGAACACAGCAUCCUACCAAAGGCUUUGCUUCUGUCACAGAAAAGGCCCAUAAAUCUACCGUAUGGCAAGUCCGGCACCUGCCUCAAAACCGGGAGCUCUUUCUGACAACGGGAGGCGCCGGGAGUCUUCACCUCUGGAAGUAUGAAUACCCUACCCAGCGGUCAAAGAAAGAUUCAGAGGGCUUGGAGAUGGGAGUCGCAGGUUCCGUCAGCCUUCUGCAGAAUGUGACUGUGUCUACUCAGCCCAUCUCAAGCUUGGACUGGAGUCCGGACAAAAGGGGGCUCUGCGUCUGUAGUUCCUUUGACCAGAUGGUGCGCGUGCUGAUAGUUACAAAGCUCCAGACCAUCUGACCCAAGGCUGUGAACUUGAAAUUGCCCAGAGGGUUACUCACAGAAUUUGAGCUUUGUUCUGCAUCCUCUGGCCUCAUGGAAGACGGUUGGAUUUGAGUGAUGAAUGACAGCCACAGGCACAAAGGCAGCCAGCCUCUAGCGUCUUUGGGUGUUUGGUGGUCUGACCAGCUGCUGCUGUAUGUAAAGGUACCACUCACCUGACCAGCUUUGUUCUGUUUCCCCAUGUUUCUACUCAAAUAAAUUAGAGCUAGGAGCUGUGAUAUUUGUUUGUGGUGCCAGCUACUUAAUAGGCUGAGGCAGGGGGAUCAAUAUAGCCCAUAAGACUAAGACUAGUUUGGGCAGCAUAGUGAGACCCUGCCUUUAAAUACAGUUGGAUGCUGGCACUGAAGAGAAGGCUCACUGAGGAGUGCUCUUGCUGGGAACCCAAGCUUGGUUCCCAGUAUCUAUAUCAGGUGGCUUUCAACUCCUGUAACUCCAGUUUCAGGGCAUCUCAUACCAUUUUCUGGCUAUAUUGGGCAGUGGUACUCAACAGACACAUGCACAUUCUUAGAAAUUAAAAAAAAAAAAAUUGUAUUUCAGUUUUAAAAAAAAAUGUUUAAAGCCAAAGUCAGUAGUUGUUAUUUAACUGUAUUUUAACUUUGUUCUGAAAGCAUAGCUCCAUACUUUCUCUGUACAUUGUGCUUCAGUAGGAGUCCCUUCACUUGGCCUGUAAAGUACCAGAAGAACACGGCUCAACUGGCCAGCCUGGAGAACUGUUUUUAGCAGUGUAACUGGUAAAACAGUGACUUCCAACUGUCUCUCUUUUACUCAGAUUACAGGCCUUGGUUGUCUUUUGACUGUGGUAAGUGAUGAUGAGCCAUUCACAAUUAGAAUGAUUUUUUUUUAAGCCUUUUUGUCAAACCUUUAAAAUAUAUUUUUAAAAUAAACAGGUUUUUAAAAUAUGUGGAGGCAUUGAUUCAUUUGCUUUGUUUUCCCUCUCUUCCUCCUUGUUAAAUUACACCUUAGUUUCACUAUUCUUGACUCUGGCCCACAUCAUAAGCUGAGCCUCCAUAUGGACUGGAUUAAUCAUACUUGCAUUAAACCUUGUGUCCCCCAGCUCAGUUCAAAGGGAGAGAGACACCUGGAACUUGCUGAGUAAAUCUGCCUUAACUGGCAGAGAUCUGUUUGCCUCUGUCUCUCAAGCGCUGGGAUUAAAGGUAUAUGCCACCACA